GAGGACCCCGAUGUGUACAUCCAGUGGCACGCCUCCCAAAUCUACCAGCAGCUGCCAGCAGAACUGCAGGCGAAAGCAGAAAGUUCUGAAGCGUCAGAGGAAUUGAAAUCACUCGUAGCGAAGGAUGCACUGAGACAGCAGGAACUGAAGAAACAAAGGAAGGGCACGGUAAUACCCCGCUGGGAGCCUGAACUGCCCGAGCCUCCACCCGAAGAGGAGGCUCCACUUCUGCCGGACAUGGCCAUGGAACGGCAACGGCCCGCAGAGAUCACUACGCCACAGGAGCUGAAGAGUCCUUCGGGGCCCUCUCCGACAGUGCCAGCCAAUAUGGAUGCUUGGGCGAACAGUCCGUUGUCGCCACAGACGCCCAUCGAGCCUGAGGCCGAGGUGGUGAAGAGCUUCGUGGACACGGCACGCUCCAGUGAAGAUCUCUACAAGGCCUUGAAGAUGUUAGGUCACGUGGAGGUCAACAACGAGUGGGUCAGCGCCAUCGUGAAGGACAAGUUCUCGGACCGGAACUUCUUGGACGCGUCUGGAGCCCUGGAGCCGCUGCGAAGCCGCGGAGGUGGCGACUCUGCAACGCGAAAAGAUGGGCCUAUAGGGUUAGAUUUCUCGAAGUUUUUGGCCGAGUACGAAGCGUGCCACAUGAACUACGUUCGCAUGAAAUUUGCGGAGGCCGAUGUGGACGGCUCCGGCCGCGUGGACGCCGCCGAGCUCGCGCAGGUGCUGCGGCGCGCUGGCUUCACGCCCAUUACAGGCGUUGUGGAGCAGCUGCUCUUGGAGGUCUGUCCUCGAGCCAUGGAGGUGACCUUUGUGAACUUUGCCAAGAUCCUAGGCAUCAUGCGCUACCGGCUGGGCUUCACUUUGCAGGAAUAUUCCGAGAUCAUGGCCGCCUUCCGACGUGAGGACCGUUCAGGACGAGAGAAGCUGAACCUCUUGGAGGCAAGAAGCUGUCUCGAUUGGUUGGGCUUUGAUAUCUCUCAAGAGGACUUGGAAGCUGUGUGGCACGAGGACCUCAAGGUCCAAGCUCAAGCGAAUUCCUCGCAGACCGAGGAGGAGUACGGAAUCAACGACUUCGACAUGGUGCGCCUGGUACGGGCGGUACGUGAACGCGAGGCACACUUCGUUGCCAGGCGCUUGAGGGAGCUCGCCACUCGCAAGGGGCAGGAGUUGCCGGAGGCGGUUCGCAGAGUUGUCUUCUGCGGGGAAAAAAUGAUGGAUGCCGCCGCGGUGGUGACCAAGGCCCAGCUGCCGGAGCUGCUGUCGGAGCUGAAUGUGACGCUGGCGUCGCCGGAUGUGAUGCUGGAGGCUGUGGAGGUGCGGCGGUGCGGCGGUGCGGGUGCUUUGGAUGAUGCCUUGCCGGGUCUAUCGCAGGCCCUAAAGCUGUCGAAAGCGGAACUGACGAUGGAAGACAUCAUGCCCGUCUUGUGGCAUGUGAGGCGGUAUCAAGGCUUAAGUCAGACCGAGCUGGAUCUUGCGAAGCAGCAGUUUGAGCUCUGCGACGAAGACGGCUCCGGAGGCAUGGCGUGCUCCGAGUUGGAGUUUGCCAUCCGUUCUCUGGGCUUCCCUGUGUCCUAUGAUGAGGUUCAGGAUCAGUUGGAUAUCUGGGACAUGGACGAGUCAGGAGAGAUCGAGUUCGUGGAGUUUUUGAAAGUGGUCUCCUACUACAAGAAGAAGGAGCUCCAGCAAGUUCUGCAAAACAUGUUCACGGGAUCCUUUAGUUUGAGCCUUCAGAAGAAUAUGACCCAGCGGCGUUUCUCCAAGGCAGGUGAGCUAAAGCGCGGCAAGUCGGAGUUGCCCUCCAUGCUUUUAAGCUCGGGGCAUUGCCCCUUGCGACAGGACAGCGGCGUCCUUCGCAGCACGGAGGAAGACGAGACGGAGUUGAACCUCUGGGGGUUCUCCAAUUUGAUCUCUGAGUACCGCCGGGAGAUUAAUGAUGAGGUGAGGCGAAAUCACGGCUAUACCCCAGGUGAAGUGGAAGAGUUGAUGCAACUUUUUCGUGUCUAUGACCCGGAGAACCAGGGUGUGAUCGCCAAGCGCCAGCUGAGACGACUUCUCUUGGAUUGCGUGCCGCAGGCCGAGAAGAGCCAGGCCGGACGCGAACAGAUCGCCCAGAUGAUCAAGGAGAGUGAUGCGGAUCGCUCUGGUAGCAUUGACUUCCAGGAAUUCCUCUUGCUGAUGCGUUUGGUGAGCAACCGCUGUAGCCGAGAACGAUUGGCAACUUGGGCUAAGAAAUUCAUGGCAGCUUUGAUUCCCCUCAUGCGGAUGCUGCCCGGAUGGCGACUGGCUAAAAGGUGGCCCUUUUCAAAGCCCGGAUCGGUGGUGGCUACCCACUUCAGUGUCCGCGACCUGCGGGAAUUCCGCAAGGUCUUCAAAUCCUACGCAACAAACAGCAGCGGCGACAUGAGCUUCGAAGAGCUUCAGAGCAUGCUGGGCAGCAUAACCCGAGCUGCGCAGGGCGCGCGAGGGAGCCAGGAAUUGCUUGAAAUUCUGAGGAGGUACUCGCAAGGUGACAAUGCGGUGGACUUCCCUGAGUUCUUGCAUGUGAUGCGGGACUUGGUGGCACACAACUGGGGGAACAUCAACGCCUUGACGGCGAAAGCCCCACCUCCGGAGCCAACGCCGGAAGUGGAUGCCCUGCUGCCGCCGCCGGCGCCGCCGCCGCCUGAGCCGCCUGAUCCGCCGGCCGAGGCAGAAGCCCAGGCGGCUUCUGGCUGAUGUCAUCCCAUGGUGAUUAGAUGUUAGGCGCAUACUGC